CGGCAAUAUUACUUUCCGAAAUCUGGUCACACAGCCAUAUUGUUUGUGCGACCGAAAAAACUUUAUAAGACUUCAAUUUUUGCAAAUAAAUUCUUGAAAAUGGGUACUAAAAGACCCAAUAAUAGCGUGGUUUUGGCCCAAGAGGCCAAGCGUAGCAAAAAUGAUCUGGUGGCCUACACAAACAGGGACAAAGCGCUCCUUGAAUCGGGAGUGAGGCGCACCUCAAACCUGCAGGCGCCCAUUAUGCAGUUGGAAGGACAUGAGGGAGAGAUUUUCACAGCGGAAUUCCAUCCCGAGGGGGAGUUGCUGCUUUCAUCUGGGUUUGAUAGGCAAAUAUACAUCUGGCAAGUGUACGACGACUGCGAGAAUGUGAUGGCCAUGUCGGGACACAGUGGAGCUGUUAUGGAAGCCCACUUUACGCCGGAUGGAUCGCACAUCUUUACCUGCUCCACCGAUAAAACGCUGGCUAUUUGGGACAUAGCCACGGGACAGCGGCAACGGCGGUUCAAGGGCCAUGGCAACUUCGUGAACAGCGUUCAGGGCUCGCGUAGGGGUCAGCAGCUCCUCUGCUCGGGCAGCGAUGAUCGCACCAUAAAGAUCUGGGAUGCCAGGAAGAAGCACGCCGCGCACACUUUGGAAUCGCCUUUUCAAGUCACAGCGGUUUGUUUUGGUGACACCGGCGAACAAGUAAUUAGCGGCGGAAUCGACAACGAAGUCAAAAUAUGGGACAUACGAAAACAGGCUGUCCUGCACCAUCUGCGCGGGCAUUCGGAUACGAUUACCGGAAUGUCCCUGUCCCCCGAAGGAGACUUUGUCUUGACAAAUGCCAUGGAUAACACCUUGAGGGUGUGGGACGUGAGACCGUAUGCACCCGGGGAAAGAUGUGUGAAGGUUUUCCAAGGCCAUCAGCACAAUUUUGAGAAGAAUCUGCUGCGAUGCGCUUGGUCGCCGGGAAGCGAUAAAAUAACAUCGGGUUCCGCCGAUCGGCAUGUCUAUAUCUGGGAUGUAAAUACGAGGAGAAUUCUGUACAAACUGCCCGGACACAAUGGCAGUGUUAAUGCCGUGGACUUCAGCCCCAAAGAGCCUCUAAUUCUUUCGGGAUCCAGCGAUAAGACCUUGUAUCUGGGAGAGAUCGAUGAUUGACCAAUUUGAAAUAGACGAGAGCGAAAAUAACACUUAA